UAGUGUAUUAUUGUAUCCUUGCUGUCUAGAAUAGAAGUGGACAAAGACAGUAUCUGUUGAAUGAAUCUUGGUAGCCAAUACGAUCUUAAUAAUAAGCUGUUUCCCCGAAAGAGAAGCACCGGAGCCCUUCCAGGAGAGCAGUACUUCUUUUCCUGUGUCGCACUUCAAACCAGAAGAUGUGGCUGAUACUAUCUGCGAGGAAGGAAGCCGUGUCCCGGCUGCGCGGUGCGUGCCAUGAUAGACUUAGGUUUAUUUAUGCUUUCUCAUAGGCCAGCCUCUCCAACGCUUCCCAGGGAUGGACUACCUGCCUUUCCUCUUGGCUCUCCUCCAUGUGCACAAAGCUCUCUGUGGAGAGAUACUUUGGGACACGACUGUGGAAUGGAAUGAGAAUCUGACCCUGGAGUGUGCACACUCGCCGACAAAGUUACUCACCCAGCUGGUGUGGCUGAAGCACAGUGGCCAGAAGAAAGACAGAAUUGCCACUUUCAACCCUACUAUGGGUCUGGAAAUCACGAAACCCUAUGCUAAUAGGGUGUCCAUAAAAAACUCAACAGCGGCUUCCAACGUUCUUAUCCUUAGCUUUAAGAAGGCCUCCGAAGCUGACCUAGGCUUCUAUACCUGCCAUUUCUACACUUUCCCAGACGGGGGUAUGGAAAAAAUCAUACAGGUGGUCACGACAGAUAAUUUUGAGAGCCUUGCAUCUCUGAAUGAGACCAUCCCCGAGCUAGCCUCCGGAACUGGACAGAACAUCACACUGACCUACCAGUUUCAGAUGAAGGGGCCAGUGAAGAGAGUCACGUGGGAGAAGAUCCAGCCCCACCAGACAGACGUCUUAACGUCUUGCAACUUGUUGGAAGAGAGGAGUUACACCGCUAAUUACCAACUCCAAGCCUGGGCUAACUGCCGCAACGGGAGCAGGGCGAGCCUCCUCUUCAUUCCCAGCCUCACGGCCUCGGCAGCUGCCAUUUACCGCUGCCUGGUGGAGGGCAGCGCGGGGGAGAGGGAGACCUACUGGGUGAGGCUGACCGUCCACCAGCCCCAGAUUGCCUCUUCCCACCAGGUUUUGCAUUUGAAAGCACAGGACCAGUGGAUGACCUGGGAGGGAGAAGCUCGUCCUAUAGGUGGGACGGUCCAGUCCAGUCACCAGGUGCUGGUGACCGAUGAGGUCAAGUUCACCUGA